AAAGUCCGCUCUGUCCCCAGAGCUGCAGCAGCCCCGCGGCCGCCUCUGCGCCGGCGCCGAGGAGGAAGAGGCGGAGAAAAAGGCAGAGAGCAGCGAGCAUGGCGGCGUCUGUAACGCUGCAGAGGAGCGUUGUGUCCCCCGCGGGCAGACACAGCGCCUCCCUCAUCUUCCUGCACGGCUCAGGUGAUACUGGCCAAGGAGCAAGAGCAUGGAUAAAACAAAUUUUGAAUCAAGACAUGGCUUUCCAACAUAUAAAAGUAAUUUACCCAACAGCUCGUGCCAGGCCAUAUACACCUAUGAAAGGAGCCUUUUCCACUGUGUGGUUUGACAGAUACAAGAUCUCUAAUGAUUGUCCAGAACACAUUGAAAGUAUUGAUUCUAUGUGCCGGGGACUUACAGACUUGAUCAACGAUGAGAUUAAAAAUGGCAUUGCAAAGAAUAGGAUAAUAAUAGGAGGCUUUUCGAUGGGAGGUGGAAUGGCAAUGCAUUUGGCCUAUAGAUUUCAUCGCGAUCUGGCAGGAGUAUUUGCUCUGUCUAGUUUUCUCAAUAGAGACUCUGCUGUUUACCAGGCUUUGCAAAGAAAUGAAGGUGUUCUUCCAGAAUUAUUUCAGUGUCACGGAACUGCUGAUGAACUAGUUCUCUUCUCUUGGGGUGAGGAGACCAACAAGAUGUUAAAGUCACUGGGAGUAUCAACAUCACUUCAUACUUUUCCAAACCUUAAUCAUGAGUUAAGCAGAACUGAAAUAGAAAAACUAAAAGCCUGGAUUGUAAAGAAAUUACCUGUUGAACCAGCAAAGGAAAAUGAAUAAAAGAAGAUGCAGCUUUCGUAUACCUCCUGGUUUUUGUGGUUUUAAGAUUACGCGUGGCAUGUAUAUGGGUGUCCCAUAUACUUUAUAUAAGCACAGCUUUAGGUAGACGCUGUUACAUUCAUAAAGUACACUUAAACGAUGAAAGGAUGAUGCUGGCUAUUAACACUUAUUUUAUCAUAUGUGUUUCUUUUUUCUGUUCUCUUUUCCAGUCUUUAAAUAUACAUCCAUUUCAGUCUAUGGAAAACAAUGUCUGAUAAUAUAAAAUCCAUUCCUAAAUAAUCAAAACUGGAUUCACAAAGCAUUGCUCUGAGUUUCCUGGUUAUGGUAGGAGAGGAAUCGUGUUGGCUUCAGUUGGAUUCUCAGCAUGUGGGAAUGAACCUGCAUCAAAGCAGAGUUGUGCAUAACCUCUAAAAAUAACUGAGGUUUGCCUUAUAUUUUUAAAAAAUCAUAAGUAGCUGUGUCUAGCUGUACAACAGACUGUUGGUGUUACACAUUCUCAUUGUCUUGUCACUCAGAUCUAGCUUUAUGUAUGUUGCUUGAUGCCGUCAUGAUUAUUGAGCUCUAUCCUGUUUUUGAAGAAAUCAUUCCUUGGGCAUAGUUCCUGUAGAAACUUAUUUUUGCCAACAGUUCUAUUUUGGUCUGCAAGAUCAGUUUUUAAGUUAAAGGAUGAGGAUAUUUGACUCCUCUGUGAAUACUUAAGAGUUAUAAAUAAUGGUUGGGAUAUAAAGAAAACUUGUGUCCUGUUAGUUUGAUGGUUGGUGAUUCAUCUCUGUGCCAGUUUGAUAAAUUAACUCUAAGUAUAAAUAUCUAUUCUUAUGUAAUUUUAAUGCUUUUUUCCUUUUCCCCUCUCUGCCCCAUUCUCUGCUUCCCAAACUCAGUAAUUUUAUUAGCGUCGCUUGCUAAAUCUUCUUCUCCCUUUUCUGAGGAGUGGAUCUAGGACACUGUUGUUUGCUUUGUCACAGCAGAUUGCUGCCAGUAUUGGCUAUGACUCCAGCACUGUCAGCCAGCUCCAGGGGACUAUGUUUUGUUUGAAUUCUCAUGCACCGAGAUCUAAGCCAGCUUUUACCUAUCCUGAAGAAUAAGCAAAGGGGAAAAAAUGUUAAAGUACAAGGCAUGUAAUUGGCAGUAGCAAGUAAUAACUUCCUGCUGCUAAAAAUAUUUUGCUUUAUUUCAUUUUGCUAGUAUUAACAAGUCAGCAGUCUGCUCUGAAAAACAGGAUUUUAAAUGGCAUAUGAGAACUCAGCUAUUUGAAACAGUGAUUGAAAAGCAUUUUUUCCUAGUGCCCUAGGCUUCCUCAUUACUACAAAUUAAAUUGAAACAGGUGUAUUGGAAGGCAGCUGAGCUAAUGUUGGCUUGGCCCAACUCUAAUUACAGUCCUUGACAAGUGAAGUUGUAGCAUUUUAGUGAUAAUGCAUCAUUUUGAGUUUUGCGCCAUUUUCCGCUCUUCCUUCACUUCCUGAGAGGAGGCUAUUUAAAGCACUAACAGAAGGCAGUAAUUAAUUUUGGUGGCAAGUGCAUUCAGAUGGGAGAGUGAAGGGCUUCUGGCAAGGUGGUUUAUAACAAGGUCAGAGAACAAAACAUUUGAAAUAAGGUCAUGGAAAGAACAGAAAUUAUUACCAAGCCAAACCCAAUUCUUUGGAUUGUUUUUGCAGUCUCGGUAAUUGCAAAUACAGUGGAUACAGAGACUGGAUUUGUUUCCUUGAUAAAAGCUAAGAAGGGGUUGAAAAGUCUGCAUUUCAUUACAUUCUUAGAAGACCCCAGUUUGCAUCUGUUUUCUUACAUUUUUCUCGACUUGUAUGUGAAAUGCCAAAUAAUGAAGAGAUGCAUUGUGACAUAAGAUUGGAAAACUGUUAGGUAUAUGUUGAAGAGGGGUCCCAAAUUUUUGAGGUCGCUUUGGGGAUGUUCGAGAACUAGUCAGUAUGGUACUGUGUUCCUUCAGUCUGUAGGUAGGUACAGUGAGGACAAUACGAUUUGCCCAGGUGGUGCCUAGCACAGGCUGGACAAACUGAUUGAAGUUUAGCCCAGAAAAAGUUGGACUGCUGGUUGGUAUUGAGAAGCAGCCAGAGACAAUAUUAUUCCUUGAAGACAGUGGGCCUGCUGUUAGAUCUCUAGUCAAAUGAAAACUUUAAUAGUCAAAAUUAGCCCAGCUGCUGGACAGCAUGUUUCAGAAGUAAUCCAUAUAGAUUUAUAAUAAUAUAUAUAUGUCUAUAAUCCAUAUAGACUGAUUGGGCUUUUUUGACCCGGCUCCUUUUUACUAAACUUAAAAAAAACUAUUUUCAGAUUGAUACUGGAGCACAGGGCAGGGGUUCCUUUGCCAAAAGGGCAUCUCAGUGAUGUUUAUGGCACUACGGAUCUGGAAUCUACCUGUUGAUUGCUGGGAGGAGUCUGAAGUUCUUUGUAGAAUGUUUAAGGAUCAAGAUGAUUUCCCAGCCUAACUGGUUGGAUGUUUUGGGGACACUUACAGUAGUAGGUGCUGGGGCAUACAGAGCCUUGAACUGGGAUGUCUUAUCAGUUCUAUCUAGAAUUAGAUGAAGAGAAUGGAAAAGAAUUCAACUGUUUUCAUUGAUCCCUAACCUUUCACUCCUGAUACCUUUAAGGACAUAGAUGCCAUGUACACUUAAGAGGAGCAAACUCAGAGCUCUGUCUGUUUUAUUUUUUUUCUUGUACAUGGGCUUUCUCCUGUUUCUUUGUUACAAAUUGAAGGAGAAAAACAUGUCCUGUACAUCAUUUUGAGGAAUAAAUUGCAAAAUUUCAGUGCCAACCAUCAAUCUUUAUCACUUGAGCUACUGAAGAUAUGAAAACAUAAAUUGGAAAGAAAGUGGCUUUGUGCUCUCCUGAUUCAGAAGAGGCAGGAGCAAUUAGUUGGCAUGUAGUUUACAUUCCUACUGUAACUCUUUCAAGGCAUUUUUUCCCCCCCCAAACUUAAAAAAAGAAGUUUGGCAUUCAUGAACAAUCUUUUGAUACCAUUUAAAAAUAUAACUGAAAUAACUGUCUAAAUCCAUUCAGACUGAUGUUAGUUUGUUGGAGCUUGGUACUGUUUUCAUGAAAAAAAUAAUUUAGUAAGCAAAAGAAAAGUAGUUUAAAUUAAGGUUUAACUCUCUUGGGCUCAGUUAGUAUGUUCCAUACUGCUCCAGAAACAAAGCACUAGUGUUUGUACUUUUUUUUUCUUUCUGAUUUUCUAGCAUUACACAUUUGUAUUUCAGAUGUUUGAAAUUUGUGACUAGACCAUUGCUGUGAACUUGGGUGCCUUCUGAGUAAUUAAUGUACUACUACAUACACGUAGAGCCAGAGAGCAAAUAUGAAUAAUGCUGAAAUCAGCUAAUCAAUGUGGGAAGCCAGAAGUCAUUGCUAAUGUAAUUUUGAUAUUAAAGUAAGAUGUUCUCUCCUUAAAUGAAUCUCUUCUUAUGUUAAAUCUUUAACUCUAGCUUUUUAGUAAAUCAUCCUUAAAGUGAUUUAACAAGUCUCUACAGAUGAAGUGAGCCAAGUGGGUGAAUGUAACUUGUAUUUAUAAAGAUGAGAUCCAGAUGGCAAAACAUAGAAAUGGGAACCUAGUGGACAGGGUUAGAAUGAAAUUUGUUAAGACUUAGAUGGAGUAAAGGAAUAGUUUACUUUCCAUUUCACACACUUUCUAGGAAAGCUGAGUAGGUUGUUUGGGAGAUCUUAAAAGAAAAAAAUGCAAUUUUUCCAACUUGAGUUAGCCUGCAUUUGUGAUGCAGCUGGUUAAAGGUGCUCUAGAGAAAGGAAAUAAUACUAUGACCAAUUCGUGUAGUUCCCUGUGUUUGUUUGUUUAUUUUCCAAACCUCCUCCCAUUGCAGGAAUUUGAAAUCACUACUCAGAAGACACAGCAGCUGGCAGCUCUAUUUUCAAUACCAGAUUGUCUGCUCAAGUGUUUCUCUGUACUCUGCAGUGGGACUUAACUGCGUCUUCUUCAUGUCUUAGUUACCAACUGAUCAGUAGCACUUACCCAGCAUGUGGGAGACAAGUGCUUUUCCUGUACAGAGCUGUAAGUGAGAAUAUUAGUCUUUGCAAAUGAGAGCCAGAAGGAAAAGACGGUGAUUUCCCCACUGCCAUUCUGUACUUCAGUUGCUAGUCUCAGCUAAAGAUGUGAGUCACCUGGCUUUCAUUACUCUGCCCAUCUGAGCAUGUUCACCUGUAUUCUAGGCCUUCAGAUGUUACCUAUAUAGCUUGUGGGUCAGAAUAAGAGACUGAGGAACCAAUGGGAACCUUGUGGUUGGUGUAUACUACAGGUCACCUGAUCAAGGAGGGACAACUGAUAAGACCUCCUUUCUCCAGCUAUAGAAGGCUUUGCGCUCGGAAGCUCUCAUCCUACUCAGGGACUUCAACUGCGCUGACAUAUGCUGAAAAACUAGCAUGGCAAGCUGCAGGCAAUCCAGGAGACUCCUGGAAAAAAAUACCCACCUGAGGGAAUGCAAUAUGGGACCUGAUGGUCACUAAUACAAGUGAACUCAUCAGUGACAUUAGGAUUGAAAGCAGCCUGGGAUGCAGGGAUCACAUGCUGGUGGAGUUCAAGGUCCUGAGGGAUAUAGGGCAAGCGAGGAGUAUAGUCAGGACCCUAAAUUUCAGGAAAGUAGACUUCCAGCUCUUCUAGGAGUUACUCAAGAGGACUUCCUGGGAUGUGGUCCUCAGGGACAAGGAAGCAGAACAGAGUUGGCAAAUAUUUAAGGAUGCUUUCUAUAAAAGGCAAGAGCGCUCAGUCCCCAGAUGUAGGAAAUCAGGCAGGAAAGGGAAGAGAUCAGCAUGGCUGAGUUUAGACAUGCUGGUCAAACUGAAGAACAAGAGGGAACUGCACAGGCAGUGCAAGCAAGGAUAGGGAACCUGGGAUGUGUACAGAGACACUGCCUGGUUGUGUAGGGAUGAGGUCAGGAAGGCCAAGGUGCAGUGGAGUUGAACUUGGGAAGGGAAGUGAAGACCAACAGGAAGGGCUUCUAUAGGUACGUCAAUCAGAAGAGGAAGGUUAAAGAGAACGUACCCGCACUGAUGGUUGAAAACGGUGACCUUGUAUCAACAGAUGAGGAGAAGGCUGAGAUACUUAACAACUUUUUUGCCUCAGUCUUCACUGACAACUGCUCUCCUCACCCCUCCUUGGUCAUGGGACAACAAGAUGGUGACCAGGGGGGUAAACCCCCUCCCACAGUAGAGGAGGAUCAGGUUCGUGACCUCCUGAGAAACCUGAACAUACAUAAGUCUAUGGGACCUGAUAAGAUGCAUCCCAAAGUGCUGAGGGAAUUGGCCAAUGUGGUUGCCAAGCCACUCUCCAUGAUAUUUGAAAAGUCAAGGCAAUCAGGAGAAGUCCCUGGUGACUGGAAGAAGGGUAACACUGUGCCCUGUGAGUGUGAGAUACUGACCUGCACCCUGUCAGGCAGAAGUGGGAAAUGAGCUUGUUCCCUGUGUAAGCAUUGUGUUUACUGAACAGUUAGAUUAAAAAAAAAAAAUAAAAUCAGAGGAGCCAGCGGUGUGAAUCUAGUAAGGCCCCUUAUUCCUCAGGGCACAGCAGUGAGCCUGACUACCUUAGCUACCUGCCAUCUUCAAGACAGGCUCUGCGUGUCUGAUUUGAAGAACAUAAAUUCCCCUCUCUUGUUAAAUAUUUGAGGGCUGUAGACACUGCUUUGGUGAGGAGGGACCGAAAAUCUUUUGUGGGUUCAUUGUUUAAAUCUAUAGGCUCCUUUGAAAAUGCAAGCAAAAUUUGUUGGCAUCUUGCUAAGUUAUCAAAACAGGUUGUGUUAAACUUUAUUCUUGGAUCAUUAAUUGCUAUUGACAAGGAAGUUAGAUUGCUGAGAACAAAGCUAAUGGAACUGUAACCUGGGCCUUAAAACAUAGUUGCACUCAGACAGUUAAAAUAGACCAGAGAGUAUAGUUACAACUUCUCCACUGCUUCACAGGGCCAGUAUUUUGUGGUUGGAGGUUAUGUUGCUCAGGGUUCUUGAAAGUGCUUUUUGUUUUAACUUACAUACAUUGUGAAGGAGUAAUAAUCUAAUAUGCUGGAGCUUAGAAUAAAACCACAGAAGAAUUAAUUGGUUGGUUGUGCUCUUUUCAUUUGAUUAAAAGUGUUUGUCAGUGGUGGACAUCAAGCACAUAAAAUUGUAAUUUGAAUUAGAAAAGCCAUCGAGAGAUGUUACUGUCAUGUAUACAGUAAGGAAUUUUAUAAAAAUAUGAAUUCUGCUGCUUCUUGGCCUUGAAAAUAUGCAGAACUAAAUCUGACUGCAAGGUUUACCUGUUACCCUAGUUGAUCUUACUGUAAAAAGUCCUUUCUAGAGCACAUUUCAGCCAAGUACUCAUAGUCAAGCAUGUGAACAACCUCUGCUGCCUUAGACCCUAUGGUUCCCACUGAUGGAUCUAUGUAGAGUUUGGCUUCAAAGAUGGAGUUUGUUUUGUUUGCAUUUGGAGGGUUUGGGGUGAAGUUCUUAAAGUAGCCAAGGUCUUGUGGGGGACAGCCAAAAUAAUUAUGAACCUUGGUCAUAGUAGUAUGCCAAAAAUGCAAAGGCAGUGAUUUAGCACUUCCAGAGUAAUAAGAAUGGUUGAAUGCUCAACACUCCUUCCCUUCCAUGGCUAUGAUUCUUAAUUGCUAAUCUUUACCCCAGUUAAGGUAUGCUUAUAUCAAAGGAAGAUCUCUCUUUAGGGUUUACUUUCUUUUAAAGUAUAACUUAGAACAAGUUAUAUGAUAAUGUGAUAGAUUGUUCUGGCAGGAAACUUCAUUUAUUCUUAAAAGAAGACGGAGCUUCCCUUCAUUAUCUAUGCACUGCAGAAAUAAUAAUGGCUGAUUGAUGAUCUUCUGGGCAAGACCUAUUGCAUUAGCAUCAGCAGGAGUUUUCCAAGUAUGCAGUAAUUUAAAUCAGGUUUAUCCAUAGACCCAUCUUGACAUAAGCCUUGAUCCCACACCUUUCAAAGAAAUUAAUGUUUUUAGUAUUUCCACUGAAUAGGUUGCAGUCUAAAUCCUUUAAAUAAAUGCCUAGUGAGGAGCUCAGGGUUUGAAAAUGGGAUGAACCCUUUCUUUGCUCUUCAUCAGAGUAUUUUCCAGGUAGGACUUAAAGGUGCCUGUCUGACUUUGCUUCCCUACUGGUUUGGGAAGGGAGAAGAAGCUUGUUUAGACGUAAGUCCUCUCUCCUGUUGGGCGGUCAUCCUCUGGAGAAUAUUUGAUCCCAUGACACAUGACAUCAGAUUUACACUUAAAACCACGCAGAUUGGUUUUUUUACAGGAAGAGACUUUUAUAAUAUGAACACCUGCAGCAUGUACAAAGGUGAUGUGGAUUGCCACAUGCUCAUCAAAAUCAUUUCCUCAGUAAUGAACUAGGUCAAAAAUGAAGGAUGGCACUGCCAGUAAUUUUAAUAUGUUGACAUAUUUUUUGGAAACAAUAUGGCCUGUGUUUCUGUUUGUAUUUAUAAUGUAGCAUGACUCAUAACCAGAAGUCAGAACUGUCCUGGUGAAAAGAAUGGAUUUUAAGAUUACAAGUGCCAAGGCAGAUUUUGUAUAUCAAAAGCUGACAAAAAGACAAUUUGCAGAGGUUUCAGUAAGUGUAUCAUUAAAUCAUGCUUGGCUCCUUCUCUGUCUUUUUUUUUUUAAAUGAUGCUUCUCUAAGCAAAAAUACAAACAUGAAACACUGAAGGUGACUUUCCUGGAAGAACUGGUUUAUUCCCCACUAAGGAAAGAUAUUUUUUUCUCAAGAUGUCCAAUUGAUUAAUGCCAGACUGCAUGAAAUAAUUAAAUGAAAUCCUUAAGAUGUUCUAUUGUUUUUACAGCACAACUUGGUUGCCAGUGUUUUUCUGAAUGUGAAAAUAUUUGGCAGGUUUUUUGACCAGAUAAGCAGUGGUAUGUGAAUUUUGCAUUUUAUACAAAGGCCUUUGGUUUCACAUUUAAAAUGUAGGGGUUUGAUGUUCAGCUAAAGCAGUGGGUAAGUGAUUGCCUUCGUAAUGUCUGUAGUGUCUGAGAAAGCAUAGCCUUACGUCCUACUCCACUCCACCAGAACUGGACUUAAAUUUUUAGUGUUCCUGAAGGCAUUUUCGGACACAGCAAGCUGUCAUGUCUGGAAUUGCCUGUAGCGCUGCUGGCCUCAAACAGCUCUCUGCAUCGCCUUUGUGGAGACUUAGGUUUGUUCUCCCAGUGUUAAAAGCAAGUUCUGUCUUCAUAGGGAAACCCCUUUACUAUGUGUGGCAUAAGCAGUGCUGAGAAACAUACGUAUUGUAUAAAUUGCCUUCUUGAAGCACUACCAGUACUUUGGUUAAGCCACUGUAAAACUACUGGUAUGCAUUUGUUCAUAGUUUGGAAAAUACUGUUUUCAUUACAGUAAACCAAUAUAAACAUCAGCAAUAUUCCUAUCAAACAAAUUAGUUCUCAUGUGAAAUGUAUGGUAAGUAAAUUUGUUGUGCAGCUGAAUACAGUGUUAUUUAAUGGAACUUGAUUUGAUGCCAACCAAACAUAUGGAUCUUUAAAUGCAUUUCUCUUGUGGCUAUGUUGAAAUCAUCUACCAAUAACAUGUGCUGAAUUCCUUUCCAGACUUGCAGGCUGGCUGCCCUUAUUGUACGAGGUUUUGAAAUGCAACAAAUGGUAUGGGGGUGAGGGGGAUGGGAAUACAGUGCAACAAUUUCUGUUUUGUUAGUUAUUUUUCAAAAAAAGUUUGCUUGACUAAAGCUUUUCUUCCCUCACCCCCUCUUUCCUUUCAGCCUGGAAAAGAGUUUUGUUUUUUCUUCAGAAACCAUAAAAGUUCUUCCUUUGAGAAUAGUUGUCUCCAUUUUUCUUCUACUUCUUUCCUUGUUUACCAGGGGAAAUUAAUAAAAGGGAAGAUAAAUGGAAGACAGGGAAAUACAGGUAAAUAUUUUUGCCUUGCCUUUUUACAAUAUUAAAAUUAUGUCCAUAGGAAAAAUAUUUUUCAGGAAAGCUAUGCCUAUUUUUUUUUCUUAGUUGUAAUAAUGUAUGUUCUUUGACAGGAAGUGGUAUUGGGAAAGCUAUAGUACUUUAGCCAUCACGUUUUUAACCACAGAAUUAUAAUGGGGAAUGCAAUAGGUUAGACUACACUUGUAGCAGAAGUAAUAGCAUAGAUCCUUGUCUACGAAAUGCUUCUGUGCAUGCUUAAGUUGAUUGCUGUGUGUGGUAGUAUUUGAAAUCAUUGUCAUUCCCUUCUCACAGUGAAACAUGCACAAAUGUCAGAAAGUUUAAUACAGUGUUCCUCCGUAGCAGUCAGCGUGCUAAGGUGGGCUUUAAAAAUUACUGUACUCUAAUUACCUCAAGUCAUUUAAAUUUAAUUCACUGCAAUUUCUUUAAAACCUUCCCUUUGUACUUAAUCAAAUGCUAAAGUGGUGCUAAGAAGGAUGGGCCCCAUUUUACAUUGUCAAAUUCCCUCCGGUGCUAUAACCACAAGUGUGUUAUAAUGAUUUACACGUAUAACAUCUGUGUGCACUGAUGUCUCUUGUAUUCAAAAUUGUGUUUUGGCUUACUGAAACAAUUAAAGGGCGCAAAUUGUGUUCCCAGAUUUGUGCCUGCCAUCAUAUCCAGAGUUUUAUACACAUUUAGCUUCUGGCUGGCUGGCCAAAUCUGGUAAGGUUACCUGAUGGUGGCACACAAAACUUGCAGACAUUCAAAACCAGCUUAACAUCCAGCUCCAGGCACUGGAUUAAGACCACCUUGGAGGGACUUGGCUUUAGAGAGCAGCAGGAAAAUAAAACAUUCUUUCAAUAAAUAAUUAGGAGGAUCUGUUAAUGCCAUACAAAGUAAAGUGGAGUUGUCUGUGCCAGUUCCUUCUGUAAAUUUGUGUAGCUCCUUUGGGACAAGUCAAACCAUGCCAAUACACAUCAGCCAAGGACCUGACAUGAGUGGAGUUGCUGGGGGUUUGACUCUGUGCCAGCUGAGGAGCUGCUUCUUCUGGAUAGCACAUCAAGUAGAAGAGGAUGUUGAAGGAGCAAUUCAGCAAUGUGAUUAUUUUUUUUAAGUCUCAAGUAAAUGUAGGUGAAAUGGUGGCAUGAUGCUGACAGCUGGAGAAGGGGGCACUCGUUGCAAUUAAUACAGCAACCAGUGACAAGCUGAAAGAUGUUCUUACUCCCUCAAAAACAGAAUUGGGGGCUAAUUAUAGAUCCACUGGUGUAAUGGGAACAUUCUGACCUACCAUUAUUGUUGUAAUCAUAGUUGUAAGUCUGGUAAAUUAAAAGGUCUGUUUUCCUUGCUUUCUGCACACAGAUUCCAUUUCAGAACAUUUUGGGGCUAUUUCAGGGAGGUUCAGGGCUCCAAAGGUGAUUAAACUUAGUCAGCAGCAGCUUGACUUGUAACUCACCCAAGGACUGCUUGUAAUAGUAUUGCUUCAUUUUGUUAUUUCUCUUGAAAAUUCUUAGCUGAAGGUAAGAUGUGGUCUAGAGAAACUCAAAUGCCAGGCUGAAAUAUGAGAGUUCUGUGGAGCUAGUACAAUCUGCUGUCCAUUUUCUUAAAAUCUUGACAGGAGGGGGAUAAUAAGGAGAGGAAGCAGUCUGAGAGGACUGAGACUUGUGUGUUGUCCUACAGUGGAGCGGUGUGUGUAUGGUAGCAGUGGGCUUUGUGGUGCACCAUCUGAAACAGGACCAAGAAUAGGAAUCUGUGCAGUUCUGUGACGUUACUGCACAAAUUCAAACUCAGCCAUCACAUAUGUGCUGACACACAAACUUUGUGUACUUUUUUUACCAGAUGAGUGCACCAGCUCUGUCUGCAACCUUAUGCUUAGGCUUAUGUUCCUCCAAGUAAAGUGUGGCUUGUGUCUCAGCCUGUCUGCAGUGGCAGUUAACUACUAACUGUUUCAAGGCAAAACCAAACUUUCACUGUAGUCUGUACCAUCACAGAUCACUUAAGCUGAUUUGGUCAACUUUGCCCUGAAAUAGUUUUGAUGUGCUUACCCUGUAUUCUCUCAUCUUAUCAGGGAAGAGAUAUCUAGUCCCUUCCCAAGGUAUUUUCAGAUUGGAUCCCUGCUCUCUCACUUGGUGCGAGUGGUGGUUUGGACUCGGAGAAGAACUGAAGAGGGAUCGGGAGCUAAAUGCUCAAGAAGUUUCUUCUGCCUAUAGGGGUGUCAGUGUAUGGAUUACAAGGGCAUCAUGUAUGUGGUCAACAUCAGUAACGUGAGCUUGUCAACAUGCUGUUAGGUUGGUUAUGACCUUGCCCAUUCAAGUCAGUAGUAAGCUGGACUUCGCUUCAUUAGCCAGAUACAUAGACAAAACAUCAAGGUCUUGAGUGUGUUUGGAUUUAAUGUUGCAACCUGAGGUGUUGUGAGGUGCUGUGGUAGCAGUAUUCAUGGAUGAGAAACAUGGUCCCAGAGGAUUUGAACUUCAGGAAGAAAAAUGAAGAGUGCUACUGUUUUGGUUUCCUUGUUUGUUUUUUUUUUUUAAAUUUCUUUAUUCCUUAGGAUCAAAAACAUUGUGUAGUAUAGUGAACAAGGGUAGUGUUUGAAGUUGACAGUCAGUACUAGGGAAGCAGAUAUCAGAGGCACAAGCAUGAUGCAAUCCAAUGACACGGGGUUGGAGAGGGUGAGGGAAGACAGCAGAGAUGGUCAAUAACCUUCAAAGGAAAGACCCUGGGGGCCAUAACCUCAGUUCAGAGAAGAUGUAAUACUUACUUACAGGGGCCAAAGAGGGAGUAGAAAAUGUCAGAAGCCUUGAGAGAGGCAGAAGGUUAUGAUCUGUUCCCCAGCCACUACUUGGAGAUAAACUUCUCUUUAGGAAAGAAUCAGCAAUAUAUAAAAUUUAUGUGGUAUGCAUAAAAUAAAAUGCUUUGUCAGCUGAACCCUUCGCCAAAUGUAAAACAGUCAGAAGCUUUUCAAAGCUUUGUAAUCUUUUAAACUGUAAAUCAUUGUUUCUACACUGUAUUGAAAUUGUCAUAAACUCCCAGCCUUUGUCAUAAGCUACCAGAGAAAGGACUAGAAGCCAGCAAAUAUUUCUUGCUAACAACUUCAGAAGAAACUCCUAGUUCUUAUUCCAAAAUUCUGUUCAAACUGGUGUAGAUAACUGUGGUGCUUUGGUUAUAUAGGGAAUAACUCUUUAGACUACUAGUUAAAAGACACUUGAAAUUAUGUUAGUUUACCAAAGUAAAAUUAAAGUCGUACUGUAAAAAUGAGAAACUGCUCAGCGUAGUUCCUCUGUCCCAAAUAAAACAUGAAAAGUAAACCAACUGCAUAAUGGAAUAAAUGAAGAGCUAAAAGCUGGUUGGUUUUUCUCAAAUUUCGUUAUUUUGUCAUGUAUUUCAUGAGGCUAUAGCUCAUAGAGUCAUGAUUAUGUGAGCAUUUUUGCUUAUUAGCAUAUCAAGUUUUUAGUCUGAAGUACAAGGAAACUGAAAAUAUGCUGUAAAACCUCUAGAAAUAAAAAACAAAGGGAAAAAAGGCUCCGAAUUAUC